GCGCAUCAGGGGCGAACGCCCGCGCUAGCCACGUCGGCGCUGGACCCGCGCGCUCACGUGAGAGCAAAGGGCAGCCAAGCACAAGAGAGCUCUCACGCAGUCCAAGUCGUACUCCUUCACUGCCCCACGUCGUCCGCUUCUUCCAGAAGAAAGAGGGAUUGCCCAGCCCUCGUUCCCCAUCUGUCCGUUCCUCUCCCUCUCCCUCGGCCGCCGCCGGCGGUGACCUCCCCCAUGGCUGACGCCCCCACCCCCUUCUCUCUGCCCCUUGCCUUCUCCUCAUCAUCAGCAACCUCCUUCCCUCCUCUCGCCCCAGAUCGAGGACAGGUCUGGAUCCGGCACGCCCACAGCGCUGCUUCGGCUAAAGCAAGGUGCUCUUGCCCUGGUGCUACAGCCAUGGACAAGGUGCCCUCCCAUCUCUUCUCUCUGUAUGUGUUGGAUGGUGGGAAACAAUAACUGCAUCAAGAGCUACCUCGAUGCCAUCCUCGACACCGGCAAUCAGAUCGCGGCGAUCGCCCCUCCCUGCUUCUCCUCAAUCUUGUCCACUUCUCCCUGCUACUCCGUCGAGGAGGUCAUCACUGUCUACGAAGAUACCGACCUCUACAAGUCAUUGCUCCGGGGGGUGAACGUGGUGUACAGGACAACGAACUUGAGGAGCAGCGGGCCAGGAGUGGUCGUUGACAAGCAGAAAUCUGAGGUUGCGGCAGAAUAUGUUUUGAAAAAUGCAUUAGGCAGAGCCCUCAAAGAUAAGGAGUUAAGGACAAUAAUGCUCAAAGAUUUGUUAUUUGUUCUCUGGGUGAUUGUGCGGAUGAAUUUGAUGUCGAGAAUGUCCGUUCUGUUGGCGAAAAGGCCCCCGUUAUUGGGAUAUUUCUAAGCACACCGCCAAGGAACUUUGAAGGUCCUUAUUUUAACCAUGAGUUUCAUCAUCUCGAAAUGCAGGUGUGUACCAGGCAUUCUACUUUGUUAUUCCUUUUUAAUAAGCACA